AUGGUUAGCCCACCCUCCGGGCCGAUCGCGUUGUUAAUCAGGGGGCGCGAGAAGUCGGCUAGGACCAGGUCAAGAUCCGGAUGUCUUCCAUGCCGUACUCGUCGGAGAAAGUGUGAUGGGGCACGCCCGCGAUGCAAAGCCUGUCAGGCCCGCCAUGGACAAUGUAGGUGGGGUCUCAAGGCAUCUUUCCACCCUUCUCGAUCACUCCGACUAUCAAGUGAAGAUACUGCCGCGCUAGAAGCCAUUGAAAGUAGUCGCCGGGCAAGCGAGCCGCCCAACACACAGCGGCCCAUCAGUAACUCAGCAAUUAUAGUGGAUAACACGCAGGAGAUAAUUCAAUCCUACGAGGCUGAUAUUCGUGAUGAAUCAUCGGCCGGGGACUCCGAUCUCGAGAUUAGAAAUGACGGCGAUGGAACACUAUCUAUCGUGGUUGGCACAUACCCGCCGCCAUCUGGCUCGCAGCCCCCAAUUCAGUCCUCGAGCUAUCACGUCGGUAUCUGGGAGGAUACGACAGCGCCUGCCAGCUGGAUCGAUGUCGGAGUGGAGAAGGCAUUUGCGGGGAUGCGCGAGCUUUCUCAAAAUGCGCGGCUGGAAUGGCAGCACGGGGGUGUCGUGAAGGCGUGCUUCUGGGCCUUUGCUCGCAUCGAUAUCUGGGCAGCUUACAUUACCAAUCAGACAACCCUUAUUCCAUCGGAAUUAUGGGUUCAUGAUGACUGCGCGUCAUCUGUGGCCGCUAGCGGUGACCUGGAUGAUUACUGCAACCUCGCCAUCGUUGCGUUCUCUAAGAUAGUGAAUCUUUUGAGCCAGGACGAGCACAGUCAGAGGUUGUCGCUGUCGCAUUUUGCGUUCCAAGUCGAGACAUCCUGGAAUGAAUUACAGGCUUGGCGGCUGUUCCGGCCAAGAGAGGCCAUGCCGCUAUGGCGAACGGAGGAAUCUGAGGGAAGCCCAUUCCCUGCAGUGAUAUACGCUCAAGCUUCUUCAAUUUGCGGAAAUACGUUUUACCAUUCGGGAUCCAUUCUCCUCCUUCAAACUGGUGUGCUUGGUCGCACCUCUGAUCCUCCAGAACUCCUAGAUCCGAUAUUUCAUGCUAAGGAGAUUUCUGCUAUCUCAAUUUGCAAUAAUUCACAUGCAAACUGGGUAAACCAUCUCCAGCCUCUCUAUAUUGCCGGCACAGCGCUGGGGCGCACCAUACAGCGCGGUCGCGCCGUCGGGGUAGAAAUGAAUGCUUCGCCAGAUGUGCCGUCUCCAGCUAUUGAGACACGGCUGGCGAACAACCCUGGCAUCCGUGAGGACAUAUCAACAAAUUCAGCUCAUGCCUCGAGAACUAUUGCACUAGACUCUGAAGAGUUUGCCGCAGAAAAGUUUGCGUUGCUCAAGCAGUUGGCUAGGAUAGAGAGGCAAACUGGGUGGAAGACAUCGGGGAGGGCACGGGACUUGAGAAUUCUAUGGGGGCUAGAAUAUUGA